AUGGACGAGAAAGGCUUCUUACUUGGGGUGACUUCAAGAUCUAAAAGGGUGUUUUCAAGGCAACUCUGGGAUCAAAAGAAGGUUAGGGCAGCCUUGCAAGACGGCAAUAGGGAGUGGAUAACAACUAUAGGCUGUAUUUGCGCUGAUGGGAGCUCAAUAGAUCCUGUUGUUGUCUUUGAAGGCAAGGAGGGCCUUCACGAUCGCUGGUUACGCGACCUUGAGGUAGGAAAACACCAGCUUUUUUGCUGUACAACUACCUCUGGGUGGAGUAACAAUGAGCUCGCGCUUGCCUGGCUCGAACAGGUGUUUGAUCGGGCAACGAAGGAGAAGGCAAAACGUGACUACAGGUUACUCCUCCUCGACGGCCACGGCAGCCAUGUAACCCCCUCCUUCAUCGACUACUGCGACUCCCAUCGAAUCCUACUUGCUAUCCUUCCUCCUCACUCGAGCCACAGCCUUCAGCCACUUGACGUGGUAUUAUAUAAGCCCCUCGCAGUUGCGUACUCAACUGAGCUAUCAAACCUCCUUCACCGCGGCCAGGGCUUACACGAGGUGCAGAAAAGUGAUUUUAUACAGUUAUUUUGGGCUGCCUAUACAUCUACUUUCACUGCUGAUAAGAUAUUACGCAGUUUUGCAGUUACUGGAGUCCACCCACGCGAUGCCGACGUCGUACUCGAUCGCUUCAAAUCCUCCACAACGCGAUAUCACAGUGACUCAGAAAUUAGCAAGGAGGGUGAUAGUGAUAGCUGGAGGCAUCUGUCAAAAUUAUUUGAUGCUGCAGUAUCGGAUACUUCAAAAAUUGAGGCAAAACGCCUUCGCCACGCCCUCCACUCUCUCCAAGUCUAUAACGAGCUCCUACACUAUGAAAACAAUGAACUACGCGAUGAAAUUAGCACUAAAAACAAGAGGAAAAAGCAUAAUAAGAUUCUGGAUCUACAGCAGCACGAAGAGUAUCAUAGUACAGCUGUCGUGUGGAGCCCUAGAUCC